AUGAGUCGCGAACUCAAAGCCAACGACAGUGCCCAGAUGCUACGAGGGCUCAUCUACAUCACACUCGUUAUGUCCAUUGCCUUAACCAUUCGCACUCUCAGCACAAUCCAUUCUCGUUCUUUUUCUGUCGGUGCUCUGCAACACCUCGACAUGCGCACAUCCAACAUUACCGCAACACCGUUAAGUGGAGCCCCUGAUCUGAUUCUUGGUUCCUAUAACGCUAUACGCGCUGAACUCGGUCUGAAAGCCGCACCGACUCUGACUAGAUGUAAUAUUGUCUCUUCUGCACACUCACCUCGCGAGGACAAACUGGGUUUCUCUUCGCGCGCGCUUAUCGCUCCCCUCUUGUCAUCCUCUUCGUCAAGCUCGAAAUUACCGCAUCAUCCAGCUAUUAUUCGCGUUCGAAAACGCUCGUUACUCUCUCUUGAAUCAUCACAGGCCAUUUCAACGCUCUCCCGCCGGUCCACUAAACUACGUUUCGCUCGGGGACUAUCUGGCACCCAGACUGAACCUAUCGAGGCUUCUUCUUCUUCUCCUGUUCCUCAUGGAGAAACUGAGAAACGAGUAUCCCUCCAAAAUAUCCUAUCUUCCUUCGAGCGAGCGUAUCGAACUGCGAAAGCCGCUGAAGCAAAGGCGGGCAAGAAACACUCAUCAGUGAGGCGGAAGAAAAUCGCCGGGAUGAAGCUAGCCGUUCUUGGUGGAUCAGGGUCAAAAAGAGUCAUCCCCGCGAGGGUGCCAAGAGCCGGAAGAGGGAAAGCGGGUCGAAAUGAUUAA